CGUCCCAGCAGGCCGAGGGGUCAAGGUUGUGUCUGCUGUGGGUCCGCAGCUGCGAGAGGCCUCUCUACUUUCCCAAGACCCUCCGCUAUUGCCGACCUGCCUGGGGACGCCAUGCAACUCUCCUGAGUCCGCUCCCUUGGCAGUGAGCACCCGUGGGAGGCAGGGCGAGAGAUAACGUACCGCUUGAAGAUCCCCACAUUACCUCACCAGAUAAGGCAGAGGGAGGGGAUGGAGCCGAGCGGCGUGGACAUUGGGCCUUUUGGUGGAGGAGAGGGCCGAACCCCUUCAAGCAUUUAGAAGGAAACGCUCAAAUGCUGUCAUUUACACUCUGGUUCGGUGGUCUCGCUGGUGGUUCUCAUGGCAGAGCGAGCGCUGGAAGAGGAUACGGCACAUAAGAGGAGGGAGAUGGGAGGAACGAGUGUGCGGAUGCAGAGAUGGACACAACCAUGCGUGAAACCGGCAACACAACGAGAGCCAAAGAAGUGGGUAAGGUCUGGACCGAUAACUCCAUCCAGGGCAUGUAAGACCCAAAACUCUCCUGAGAAUGCAGCGAGAGAGAGAAGUCGUGUUCGGAACCUUAGACAAGCCUUCCACAGCCUGCAGGCUGCUUUACCCUCCGUCCCUCCAGACACAAAACUCUCCAAACUGGACGUCCUGGUCCUGGCCACUAACUACAUCGCCCACCUGACCGAAACCCUGGACCAGGACGGGAUGUUGGGGGACCAAACCAUCCUGCAGAGAGCAGAGUACCUGCAUCCUGUGAAGAAAUGGCCCAUGCGUUCUCUUCUGUACUGUGGGAACAUAGGAGAGAGACUGACAGGAGCUCAGAUCAAUCAGGAGGCAUUGUGCCCAGCUGAAAGCAGACUAAAGGACUGAGAAGAUAUUGAGACACUCACCAGUUGUUAGAAAAC